AUGUCGCCAGUGCAAGGACCAUUCAUUGGAAUUCAAGGAAUUAGUGAUGUCGAUGCUGAAAAAUAUGGCAAAGGAAUACAUAAUGCUACUGAUGCGUUAAAAGAUAUGAUGGAACUUGUAAGUACACCAGAUUUUGAGAAUCGCGAAGGAUGGAAGCGAAAAAAUUCUAAUAAAACUGAUGUUGUAUAUUCUAAGCGAUAUUCGAUGGGGAAAGUUUUCACUAUGAAGACUGUAUUUGACUUUCCACUGCAACAAGCAUUUGCUGAACACUGGGAAAACUUUAUUGAUAUAAUUCACUACAAUAAAAAUAUAUCGGAUGUGAAAGUGAUCGCUGAUUUAGCUUCAAAUGUCGACGUUGUUUAUUUACGAAGGCUUUGUAACAAGAGGAUAAUAUUAGAAUUAAUAUUCGUAGAAGCGAUAUUGCAGUAUGCGAUGAAUGAUUAUGCAAAUAUAAGAGGACGGGAAUUUUUAAUUUGUCGAACAUUUCGAAGAGUCGGCGAUGAAAUAAUUGAAGCAGCAAGAAGUUUUGAUUUACCCGACGUUAAACCGAACCCGCUGAAAAUUCGCGGUCAUGUGGUACUUGCUGGCGGUCGUUUUCGAAUGCAUCCUAAAGAAAGUACGAAAACAGUGGUUGAUUAUGUGAUGUGUAUUGAUUUUAAAGGACCGGAUAUACCAAAAGCAAUUAUGGAUACAACUAUAGGAAUGUUUAUAAUACAAGAUGCUGAUUACACAAGAAAACAAAUUGAUAGAGUGAAAGAUUCUCUCUAA